CUGCCGGCACCACGUGCCCCUCAUAAAGCGGCGCGUCGGGCUCGCGCAGCAGCAGUCUCGCGCCGCUUCAGAGGAGAUCCACCGAACCGGACCGAACCACGGGAGGAUUCUUGUUUAUUUUCUACAUUUGGAGAUUCGGUUCUGAUUCCCGUCCGAACUGGCUUCCGGCUGCGCAGCGCUCAACAUGGCGGUGACCGAGGCGGGAUGCGACCUGACCUACUGCAAGAUGCGGGGGAUCGUUGCGGUUCUGACCGCUUUCAUCAAGGAGAGGAAAAUGGGUCUGAACGAUUUCAUCCAGAAGCUGGCGGCGACCCCGCACAUCUGCCAGCACUCUGAGGUGAACAACUUCCUGAAGAUGGAUGAGAAUCAGAACGAAGCUGAAGAUGGAAGUCCAAUGUACCUGGGUCCGCGCUCGUCGCUGGCCGAGGACACUCAGAUCAAGCCGUGUGACUUCGACUACCUCAAGAUCAUCGGGAAAGGCAGCUUUGGGAAGGUUCUGCUGGCCCGGCACAAGGAGACCACCAGGUACUACGCCGUCAAGGUUCUGCAGAAGAAGAUCAUCCUGAAGAAGAAGGAGCAAAAGCACAUCAUGGCGGAGCGCAGCGUGUUGAUGAAGAACGUCCAGCACCCCUUCCUGGUCGGGCUGCACUACAGCUUCCAGACCACCGACAAGCUCUACUUCGUCCUGGACUACGUCAACGGAGGAGAGCUCUUCUACCACCUGCAGAGGGAGCGGGUCUUCCUGGAGCCCAGGGCCCGGUUCUACGCGGCGGAGAUCGCCAGCGCUCUGGGCUACCUUCACUCUCUGCACAUCGUGUACAGGGACCUGAAGCCUGAGAACAUCCUGCUGGACUCGCAGGGCCACAUCGUCCUGACCGACUUUGGACUCUGCAAGGAAGGCCUGGAGCCCAACGGAACCACGUCCACCUUCUGCGGGACGCCGGAGUACCUGGCUCCAGAGGUUCUGCAGAAGCAGGCGUACGACCGGACCGUGGACUGGUGGUGUCUGGGCUCGGUUCUGUACGAGAUGCUCUACGGACUCCCGCCGUUCUACAGCCGCAACACGGCGGAGAUGUACAACAACAUCCUGCACAAGGCGCCGGUGCUGAAGCCCAACGUGUCCAACGCCGGCAGGGAGCUGCUGGAGGGGCUGCUGCAGAAGGAUCGCUGCAGCCGGCUGGGGGCCAACGACGACUUUCUGGAGCUCAAGUAUCACUCCUUCUUCUCCCCCAUCAACUGGGACGACCUGAUGGACAAGAAGGUGGCGCCGCCCUUCGUCCCCUCUGUGUCCGGUCCCACCGACCUGCGGCACUUCGACCCGGAGUUCACCCACCUGCCGGUGUCCGCCUCCCUCUGCAGCGACUCGGCGCCGGUGACCGGCAGCGUCCGCGAGGCGGCCGGCGCCUUCCCGGGCUUCUCCUACGGGCCCCCGUCCGACCACGCCUUCAUGUGACCGGACCCGUCCGGACAGGCGUAGCUCUGGUACCGACUCAAAAGCAGAUGGGCUGGAGGGACUCAUGUUGCAGCACCGGCGGGCCGAACCGACCCGACGGGGGAGCAUGUGCCAUAUGGAAGCCUUUCCGGACCUGAGGGGUGUUUGGGCCGGUUCUGGAGCCGCUGGUGACGUAACGUGCCUGAUGUUGGGAAUGAAGCAGCGUCUCCGUUUGGACCUCGUAGGAGACGCCUUCGUUACUGGACCGGACCGGUUCUGCUCGUCCCAUUCGUGUAGAAGCUGAAUUGCACUCGAGGAAACGAGGGUCAAAGAGAAGCCAAGCAGCUUCGGAACCAAAGGGUCCAAAUGUUUCUGCUUCCAGCUCCGGGACCAAAGCGACGCUUCCUUCGACCCGUUUGUCCUGGACCCGAAGAGGAAACCUGUUUACCUUGAACGACCUGCAGCUCUUCCACCUGUACAUAUCAUAGAGGAUAUUUACCAGCUGGUUCUGAUGGACUCGUGUCGGCUCAGAACCAGCGGUAACCCGGUACCGUUCGGUACUGUCCACCACCACCGUAGCGUCUGUGUUUAUGCAUCAUGUAGAGCAGAACUGUGUUGUCUUGUGCCUGAUCCAUGUUGAAACAUAUCUCCGUCCCUCCAGAACCUUCUAGAACUUUAGUCUUAAAGAAGUGCUUCGUUUGGUUGGACAGGAACCGCAGGCCGGAGCCGGAUCCGGCUCGGCCCGGUUCUGGAAAGUGCAAUAAAAUGUUCCCACAGAAUAUCUCCUGAUCUGGAAGGUUGUUCCUGAAAAUGUUCCCGGAAUGAAAACGGUCCUGAAGUUCUUCCAUACUUGGAAGUUUGUUUGUUUUUCUGUUUUUAUUUUCAUGUAAAGCAGAAAUAUUGGCUCCUUGAAGGGAAACUCUGAGCUGAGAUCUGGAUCAGAAAUGCUAAAUAAAACCUUUCAAACUCAA